GAGAGCAAGGCAAACCACUACUUCCUUUAUUAUCUCUCCUUCGUUCACAGCAGAGAGAGAGAGGGAGAGAGCCACACGCCCAUUUCCACACCUCUUUACUUUACUUCACCUACAUUUUCUCUUUUACAUUACCCGAUCCGUGAUCAAUUGAUUUCCAAGAUCCAAACCCUACAUAUCUUGAGCUCUUAAUUUGAUUUUGAGCAUGUACGGCAGGGAUCCAUGGGGAGGGCCGCUGGAGAUAGCGGCGGAUUCCGCCACCGACGACGACCGCAGCCGGAACUUGCAGGAUUACGACAGGGCGGCGCUGUCGCGGCCGCUCGACGAGACGCAGCAGAGCUGGCUGCUGGGCCCCGGCGAGCAGAAGAAGAAGAAGUAUGUGGAUCUCGGCUGCAUUAUCGUUAGUAGGAAGAUCUUCGUGUGGACUGUGGGGACUAUUUUGGCAGCUGGAUUACUGGCUGGAUUCAUCACCUUGAUCGUUAAGACGGUGCCGCGCCACCACCACAAACCGCCGCCGCCGGAUAAUUACACGCUCGCGCUCAACAAGGCACUCAUGUUCUUCAAUGCUCAGCGUUCUGGAAAACUACCAAAGCACAAUAACGUAUCGUGGAGGGGCAACUCUUGUGUGAAUGACGGCAAGUCUGAUUCUUCAACUUUGUUUAAAGAUCUGUCUGGUGGCUAUUAUGAUGCUGGAGAUGCAAUUAAGUUCAACUUCCCGCAAGCUUUUGCCAUGACAAUGCUGAGUUGGAGUGUGAUCGAGUACAAGGGAAAAUUCGAAGCAGCCGGAGAGCUUAACCAUGUCAAAGAUAUAAUCAAGUGGGGAACUGAUUAUUUUCUCAAGACUUUUAAUCACACUGCGGAUACUAUAGACAGAAUCGUGUCACAGGUUGGCCAAGGAGAUACAACAGGAGGAACGGAGAAUGAUCAUUAUUGUUGGAUGCGGCCAGAGGACAUUGAUUAUGAGAGACCUGUUACCGAAUGUCACAGUUGCUCAGAUCUGGCUGCAGAGAUGGCUGCUUCUUUGGCUUCUGCGUCUAUAGUUUUCAAGGACAACAAGGCAUACUCGCAGAAGCUUGUCCAUGGCGCCAAGACUCUUUUUAAGUUUUCCAGGGAUCAGCGUGGUAGAUAUAGCAAUGGUAACGAGGCAGAAAUGUUCUAUAACUCUACGGGUUACUAUGAUGAGUAUGUGUGGGGAGCUGCUUGGCUGUACUAUGCCACGGGUAACAAUUCGUAUCUUCAGCUCGCUACAACUCCUGGUAUUGCCAAGCAUGCUGGUGCGUUUUGGGGAGGCCCCUACUAUGGUGUGCUCAAUUGGGACAACAAACUUGCCGGUGCCCAAGUGCUUCUCAGUCGUCUAAGGUUAUUCCUUAGCCCUGGCUAUCCAUAUGAAGAGAUCUUGAAAACAUUCCACAACCAGACCAGCAUAUUCAUGUGCUCGUUCCUGCCAUAUUACACGUCAUUUAACAGAACGAGAGGUGGCCUGAUCCAGUUGAAUCACGGAAACCCUCAGCCUCUUCAAUACGCAGUUAAUGCAGCUUUCCUCACUACAUUGUUCAGUGACUACAUGGAAGCUGCCGAUACACCUGGCUGGUAUUGUGGACCUCGUUUCUUCUCAACAAAAGUCCUCCGUGAAUUUGCAGAAACCCAGAUAAAUUACAUCCUUGGUAAGAAUCCCAGAAAGAUGAGCUAUGUUGUGGGCUUCGGCAAUCACUACCCAAAGCAUGUGCACCACAGAGGCGCCUCCAUUCCGAAGAACAAGGUUAAGUAUAACUGCAAGGGGGGAUGGAAAUGGAGGGACAGUAAGAAGCCGAACCCUAAUGUUCUUGUUGGAGCUAUGGUUGCUGGUCCUGACAAACACGACGGUUUCCGUGAUGUUCGCUCAAACUACAACUACACAGAGCCAACACUUGCAGGCAAUGCCGGCUUAGUUGCAGCCCUUGUUGCUCUAUCCGGAGAGAAAUCUGUGGGGAUCGAUAAGAAUACGAUAUUCUCAGCUGUGCCGCCCAUGUUUCCAACGCCGCCACCACCACCAGCUCCGUGGAAGCCAUAGAUCCUACUUCCAUCAUUUUCUUUCUGCUGUGUGACUGGACUAAACAGAUCAUUGGUGUUUAUGCUAAUUUUGGGAAGAUCUUCAGAUUAAAAGUAAGGAACACAAGUAGCUCAAGAUGAGAGUUGGAAGAUAGCUGAGGGUUGUGCUGGUUCUUGUGAAAACGGUUCAAAUCUGGAAAGAGGAAUCCUUGCCAACUCAAUUUUACUUGGAAAUUUGAUGUAGUGUGUAUGUAUAUGUAUGUAUGAACACCAACAUAUAUUCUUUGAACAGUAGAGUUUGAACAUGAACAUGUUAUAGUAAUCUACAGCAUAUAAAAAAAAUCAGAUUUCAAUAUUUUUUUCAA